AUGGCCGUGCGCAACCCCAACAGCUUCAACUAUUUUAUGAAAACAAAGAAUGCGAGAGCUGUAUUUUGUGGUCCUCGCAAGGGAGUUAAAUGGUCGCCGGGAAUGGGGGGGGGUUCUGGUCUCUGGAAAAAACUUUCCUCGGAAGAACAGGCAAAGUACCGGCACCCCGCCUCAACUACAACUCGCCCAGACGGACCUUCUCAUCCACAAAAUGAAGAUGGCAGCCAUGAGGCAGACAAGCCUUCCGAUGAUGAUGAACCAAUUGUGGCAGCUAACCAGGUCGGAAUGCGCAAGAGUAUUUCGCUUCUCAGCUCAUCCAAGGAAGUUGAGAACUUUCUUGACAAAUGGGAUGCCGAAGCAGUAAAUGUUGCCGAGACAUUUGGGUGUGAGCUGGUGAUCUUUGCAGUAUCUCGUCAUCUUGGGCGACACUCUUUCCAGUACACUCGAUACACACCUGGGGCCUCAUCCUUUGUCAAAAAGGCCGAACAGGUGGAUGGAACCAAAUGUUAUCCUGCGCGCAUGCAAUCCUUUAUUACCGGUUACACAGUCUCCGAUCUUGCAGCUUCCAUUGCCAUGGUAAAUGAGCAGGCUGAUAAAGCUGCUAAAGCAGGUUCACAUGCACCCGGAGCAAAAGGGGGGAAGGAUGCAUCUUUUCCUCUCUGUCUGGUUUCAGCAGUUAAAAGAAUGUCCAAGUUGAUUGCUGAGAAAACGGGGGGUGCUAUCACUCAGUGGCCCUGGUCAAAGACCGAUUAUCGUCUUGCUGAAGUCAAGUACCGAUUAGAGUUGCUACCAGGUGCAAAGGUAGCAGCCUCAUGGCUUAAACGACCAAGUCGCGGACUCACUCCCAAUCGCCAAGCUAUUCUCCAUUUAGACCUUGACCAAAAUCUCAUUGACGUCGUUUAUGAUCCUUCAAUCCCCGAUGAUGUCUCGCCCAAGGACUUCAAGAGCCCCCCCCAAUCACCAACACCUAGUAGGAGUAGUCAGUCACCUAAUUAUCCAGCGUAA